AUGUCUACAAGACUUCAAAGAGUUGCCGAUAAAAGUCUUAAUGAGAAACAUGCAAAGAUUCUGGCAAGUUGCUUGAGCAAGCCAGAAAAUAAGUACUGUGCAGAUUGCAAAAGAAGAGAUGCUCAGGCACUCACCGAUCUCUGGGAACCCAUAUUAGUCGUGGCAAAUCUCUCAAAUAAGCAACCUUCGGAAAGCAACAUUGACAGUUGGAUUAGAUCUAAAUAUGAACUAAAGCGGUGGGCAAUGAAGGGUCCAAUACCUGAUCCAGAUACAUUAGGCGAUGGAUUUUCGAAUAAACCA